ACAUAAUUAUGAGAUCCCCGUCAAUUUUUUUUGUCUUGAACCUUCUCUAAUUAGGCUUAUAUAGUUAUAUAUACUCACAUUAAUAAAUCACAAUUCACAACACAAACCACAUAUAUAUCUAUAUAUAGCAAUGUCGAAGCAUAUUGUUCUAGUCCACGGCGCGUGCCACGGCGCAUGGUGCUGGUACAAGCUCAAGCCGCUGCUGGAGGCGGCCGGCCACCGCGUCACGGCUCUCGACCUAGCCGCAUCCGGCAUCGACCGCAGAAGCCUGCGAGAGCUCCGCACCCUCGCCGACUACUCGCAGCCUCUGCUGGAGAUGAUGGCGGCGAUUCCGGCGGAGGAGAAGGUGGUUGUGGUGGGCCACAGCCUAGGUGGGAUGAAUAUUUCUCUUGCAAUGGAAAUGUACCCUCACAAAAUUAGUGUUGCCAUUUUUCUUGCUGCUUUCAUGCCUGAUCACACACAUCCACCAUCCUAUGUUCUUGAUCAGUAUAAUGAGAGAACUCCAGCAGAAGAAUGGCUAGACACAGAGUUCUUACCAUAUGGCUCUCCUGAAGAAAAUCUUACUUCAAUGUUUUUCGGCCCAAAUUUCCUCACCUCCAAACUUUACCAACUUUCUUCACUUGAGGACUUGGAGCUAGCAAAAAUGUUGAUAAGGCCAAGCUCUCUAUUUCUUGAAGAUUUAUCAAAGAGGAAGCCAUUCACAAAGCAAGGGUAUGGAUCAGUGAAGAGGGUGUAUGCAGUGUGUACGGAAGAUAAGGGUAUUCCGGUAAAUUUCCAGCGCUGGCAAAUAGAAACAAAUGGAGUGGAUGAAGUGAAGGUGUUAGAGAAUAUUGAUCACAUGGCUAUGCUCUCAAAGCCCCAAGAUGUCUGCCACUGUAUACUGGAGAUAGCAAAUAUUUAUGCUUAAGAUUCACUUAAAUCUUACUGUUAAUUCAUAAUAGCAUCAUUAUUUGAAUAUUCUCGAAGAAAUUAUUGUAUAUGAACCUUUUGAUUUUA